AUGGCUGAUUCCGCCACCAAACCUGAACUUUACAUCCUCAGUGACUUUCACCCAGAGGCUGUAAAGUACGCCCAAAGGUCCUUUGACUGCAUCCUCUACGGCGAUCCACGCACAAAGAAUUGGCACCCUCACGCCACAGCAAUCCUUAUCAAGGAUUACUACAUCACAGAGGACGACCUCGCCUCGGCACCGCAACUGAGAGUCAUUGGCAAACAGGGCGUCGGCUUGGAUAAGAUUGACGUCGAGGCUUGCAAAAGACAUAAUGUUAAAGUUUGCAACACUCCUGGCGUUAAUGCCUCGGCUGUGGCAGAGAUGACGCUUUGUCUGGCAUUGACUGUCGCUCGGGAAGUGCCCGACGUGGUAAUCAGACAGAAAAUCCAGGGCGAAGCUAUCCGAAAAGAGACCGUCGCCGGAAUGCUGCUGUCUAGAAAGAUCAUUGGAGUUGUAGGCAUGGGCCAUAUCGGUCAAGCUAUUGCACAAAUGUUCGUCGGCGGACUGCAAGCAGAAAUCAUUGCUUUCGAUCCAUAUUUCCACGACAACCAAGGCCCCUGGGACACGAUCCCCUACAAACGCGUCGAGACUCUCACUGAGCUUCUCGAGGUCGCAGACGUGGUGACACUACAUGUCCCCCUCACUCACAGUACGAAGAACAUGAUUGCAGCGCCACAGCUGAAGCAGAUGAAGAAAACAGCCAUAUUGAUCAACACAGCACGUGGGGGGAUUGUCAACGAGGAAGAUCUGGCAGAUGCUUUGGAUAAGGGCGAGAUUUGGGGAGCUGGCUUUGACUGCCAUUGCGAGGAGCCGCCGACAUUGGCAAAGUAUGAGAGGCUUUGGAACUGUCCGCGUUUCGUUGGGACGCCGCAUAUUGCUGCUGCGACGGAUGAGACUCAAAUCGCUACGAUCAACGGGGCUACAGAUGGUAUUCUUCAGUUUCUGCGUGACAAUAAGAAGUCAGUCGUCAGAUAG